AUGUCAACUUCCUCCACCUCCACUACCAACCGCUCCCCGGACCCCAUCGUCGUCUCUGGAAGCUGCUACUGUCAACGAACCACCUACGCCACAACCGCCCCCUUACACGGGCUAACAUACUGCUACUGCCGCAUGUGCCGCCUCCUGCACGGCGCUCCCUUCGCAGCAUUCACGAACGUGGAGUUGUCUCAUUUCCACUGGACCCGGAGCGACCGUCUGGUCGAGAUCAAUCUGAGCCAGCAUGCCACUCGCACGAUCUGUGGUGACUGCCGCAGUCCCAUGACGAUGGUCUACCAUGUCAAAUCACACGAGGUGGGCAUUGUGGCUGUUACGGUUGAUGAGAGGAACUCUCAAGGCAAGGUGCCGGAGACGGUUGGGGAGCAUAUCUUUUUGGAAUCCAAGCCUGCUUGGUUUGUUAUCCCGGAGGAUGGCGGGGAACGGAGUAUGGGGAUUCUGGAGAGGAUGAGGGGGGUGGUACCGGAAGGGUUAUAG